UGGGACGUGUCGCGGUGCUGCGCCGGCUCCUCCUUCCCCGUCCUUCUUAUAGGUCCCCCGCCCCUUCCCUUCGCCUCCUCCUCCUUCGCCCGCAGCCGAGCGUCCCCUCCCCCCACCCGUCGGGCUUCUCGGCGGCUACUGCAGAGGAUUCAGAGCCGAGUCGCUGAGGAGGAGGAUCCCGGUCCCUGCGCGCCAUCCGCCACCUUACUGGACACGGGCGAGGGAGCGAGAGCGUCGCCUCUGUAGCCUCCAGAGAAGAAAAGGGCAUCGCCGCCUCAGCCACCGCCGUCGCCGUUUUCGCCUGCAGCGGCUCUCUGGAUCCUCAGUCUUCCGCAAUGAACCCUGUUUAUAGCCCCGUGCAGCCUGGGGCUCCUUAUGGCAACCCUAAGAACAUGGCCUACACAGGUUACCCCACAGCCUACCCGGCCGCGGCCCCUGCUUACAAUCCCAGCCUGUACCCCACCAAUAGCCCCAGCUAUGCUCCAGAGUUUCAGUUCCUGCAUUCAGCGUAUGCAACUCUGCUGAUGAAACAGGCCUGGCCACAGAACUCGUCUUCCUGUGGCACUGAAGGCACCUUUCACCUCCCUGUGGACACCGGGACCGAGAACCGAACUUACCAAGCAUCCUCUGCGGCUUUCAGAUAUACUGCGGGGACACCAUACAAGGUCCCACCGACCCAGAGUAAUACUGCUCCACCCCCCUACUCCCCAUCACCCAACCCCUAUCAGACGGCCAUGUAUCCAAUCAGAAGUGCCUACCCCCAGCAGAAUCUGUAUGCCCAGGGAGCCUACUACACACAGCCGGUGUACGCUGCCCAGCCCCAUGUCAUCCACCACACCACGGUCGUCCAGCCCAACAGCAUUCCCUCUGCCAUCUACCCAGCACCUGUCGCCGCCCCCAGGACCAACGGCGUGGCCAUGGGCAUGGUGGCUGGUACCACCAUGGCGAUGUCAGCAGGAACCCUGCUGACUGCACCCCAGCACACUGCGAUUGGGGCACACCCUGUCUCCAUGCCAACAUACAGGGCCCAAGGGACCCCUGCGUACAGCUAUGUGCCCCCGCACUGGUAAAGCCUGCAGCCCAUCCAAGUCUGGAGUCACACAUUGUAUGCAACCCCUCACGUCUUACACAGGUGCUGGAGCGGCCCCCUGGCAGCACCACCUCUAUUCGCAAGAAGAGACCACGGAAGUGCAAGGGUCACUUUAUGCGUCUUUAACGGUUUUGGUUUUGAUUUUUGUUUUAUGUAAAAGCUGCUGCUUCUGAUCUCCUGCCUCUGCCCACUUGCCGCCUCUUGGCCACUGCCCGUCCAGCUCUGCCCCCUCCUCCUACCUGACCAGUCACAUCCUCUCUGCUCUUCUUCCUUCCCUCCCCAGGCGUCCAGCCCCAGGGAUCCCAGUCUCCUGGCAGGUAGAGUGGGGUUUAUUGCAAUGGUUCAGCUGAAGGCAUGAUUUCCUUAGCAGAGCGUAACAUGUGGCCCUCGGGUCCAGGGUGGGAACUCAGAGCUGUUGAGCAGGCCACAUCUCUGGGGGAUUGUUUCUUUGAUUUUUCUCAAGCAAAAUUAGUUUAGGACAUUACAUGUCCUGACACAAAUGAAAUGUCUUCUGAGAACCAUAGCAACAGACCAAGAACAAAACCACCUGAUUAGGUAGGAGUGUUCAUAGCAGCUUAACACCCCAGGUGAGAACCUGGGAAAACCAGAUUCUUUCUUUGGGAGAACUUGGGUGGGGUGGGGGGUGGGGCACUGGGGAGGGAAAUCGGGGGAGAGGUGCUUGCCUGCUGGCUUUGGUUUGCAAGGUCUCCGCCGGAUUGUCUGGGCCUAGACCUCUGAUUUGCACAGUAAUGUAACCUGACCUGGCACUUCCUCAGAAGGCAAUUUUGACCUCAUACCAGGCCUCAGACCUGCAGGGUAGUGGGAUCCCAGCUUCCCAGAGCCUUGGAAGGCCAGGUGCCCUUGUGUAUUCCAGACCUUGGCCUCUGAGCCCUCAUGGACCCACUCUGAUGAGGAGCUACCUCCUGAUUAGAGCGGGAACCUAUGGCGUUUCUCUCCCUUCCCUCUGCCCUUCCUGGUGCCAGGGCUCACCCAUCUGUCCCUGGCACUGGCAGGCAGGCCAGGCUCUUGGUUACCUUUUGCCAUUCGCGGCCAAAGUGAAGGAACCACAUUCCAGGUGGGUGCUGGUGGCUCUGAAGGGCAGGAUAGUGAAGGAAAAGCAAUAGCAAUAAACAUUUCAUAGACUCAUGGAACUGAAGGGACCUUAGCAAUCAUCUCAUCCAUUCCCCUAUUUGACAGAUGAGGAAGCUGAGGCCCAGAGAGGAAAGGCCUUCCCUAGACCUCAUAGUAAAUCAACAUUAAAUGCAGCCUUCCUACCUAGGGGCAUGUUGCCCACAAAAAUUUACCUAGGAAUGGAUGGGCUUAGUUUUGUAGAAAUUAAGUCAGCAGUGCCCACAGCUGGUGGGCCCUGGAACAGUAUCUGGGCUUUUGCUUCUGCUCUUUUCUCCCAUGGACUCCAAAGGCGGGGGAUUGAAGAUUGGGUAGAGGUCACAUGGGGGCAGCAGGCAGGAACAGAAAUUGCAAAUGAAGAAAUAGCAUUUGGGAAUUCUGUGGAGACAUCUGGAACUUUCACCCUGAGAGAAAAGGAAGCUGAGGAUGAGGCCCAGGAGACCAGGGGUCACAUGCUGAGUGCUGCCCCCUGCACCCAGCACUGGGCUGGGCCAGCAGCCUCUCUAGUGGGGUAGGAACAGUUUACUGUACAAAACGGGGUCAUUGAUAAUAUCUGGAUCUUUUAAUAACUUUUCAUUUUAAAUACCCAUACCCCUACCUCCCAUGUCUCCCUAAAGGAGCAAAACACCAGGAACCCUUGGGCCAGGACCUCAGAGGCCGACUGGCCGUCCCCAGGAGGGGAAAGCCCUUCAGCAUCCUCAGCGCAGAGCCAGGAGUUGUGGGGCCCACCUUCUGGGCCUUCUAGAGAUCUGAAGGACCAGUAAGGAGGAGCCCAGCUAUUCUAAAUGGUGUAUUCUGGGGUGCUGAAGAGGUUUCUCUUUAAAACAACCAAGUUUUCCAGUGUUAAUCCAUUUUUUGCAAGUACAUCCUCCCACUCUCUGGUUUUGUAAGGGUGGGUGAAGGGUGUUUUAGAUUAUGUCAUACAUGUUUGGAAAAUGCCAAAACAAUAAUGAUGAUAAUAGGAAACCUUUGCAUUUGUCAGGUGCUUCACAGAUUUUAGAGCAUUUCACAGCCUUUAAUUUACUGGCCCUGAGAGAGAGAGAGAGAGAGACAGGCUAUGUUAUUACACCCAUCCGACAAGUGAGGAAACUGGCUUUAGAACGAACUUGCCCAAAGCAAGCAGAGCGCCGGUAUCCUGACAGGCUUCCCUGAAUCCUGUCGCCUCCAGAUGGGCUAGAGUAGAACCACUGAGAGAAGGGGGAAAGAGGAGAGCUAGGAAUGACCUUGUUACUCUGUUCUUUCUACACCAGUAAGUAAAAACUAGCAUCUAGUACCUUGCAAAGCAAUUUCACAUCCACCCUCUGAUUUAUUAACCCUGCGCAAUAGAUUAUUCCUCCCAUUGGAUCCAUCAGGAAACAGACUUAAAGCAGAGACUCGCUCAUAAGGGGCAGAAUCCCAGUGUGUCUGCUCUUUCCCUCCAGUCUGCCUCCGUACACAGGCUUGUGGACUGAAGAGUCUACGCCCUGCACCCUCUCUCAGCCCUAGUAUGUAAUUCAAGAUCAAAGACAGGCCCCAAGGCUUAAACAAGGCCCGGAAAGGCAGUGGUCUGGAAGAGCCCAGGCCCAUCACCCCUUUUUCAGUAUGAGCUCCAGAACCCCAGUUCAGCUGUCCUCACCCUCUUGCUUUGAUGGAGAUCCACAAGCCUGGCCAAGCUUGGGGCGUCAUUGCAAAGGGACUGAGCCAGGAGAGCUGGGGCAGCAGUGUGCCUCUGAUAGGGCAAGCACACCUGGUAGCUCACAGGUGUCACAGGUACCUUAGGCAUCAACCAAAGGUAGUGGAUGGCCCAGUGGUCAAGCUGGAUAAGUCAGAGCUGGAAGGGUCCUGUCAUUAUAGGAAAGCCAGCAAGUCAGAGAGGACAAGGGUGUGCCAACAGGACAGUGAGCUGCAGUGCUGGCCUCCGCAUGCAAACUCUUCUCCCCACCCCCUCUCCCAGUACCACAAGCUUGGUGGCCAGGGCUAGGGGUAUAGGUGGUUCCAGUCACCAGCCAACCUCCUCACUUUGCCCCACUUCUACUUUACUCCCCCUCAUUAGCCUGGGGCCUAGGAAGCUGGAGUGCCCCCAAGUGGUGAGAGCCUAAAACAAUCUGCUACAUGUUGAAAAAUUAAUAUUUUCCCCCAUGAGACAAAUGAAAUCUCUCUCUCUCUCUCUCGUCUCUCUCACCGCUCUCUCUUCCCCCCCCCUCCUGGAGAUGACCCUAAAUGAUACCCCUAAAUAUUGAACAAGGACACACACACACCUGUCCAGAGUGUUUUUCGGGUACAAAGUAGUACUUUGACAUUGAUUGCCAAAAUACCCAUUUUAUAGAUGGAAAAAACUAAGUCUCAGAAGGCUUAAGAGACUUGCCAAAAGUCACAGAGCUCAUAUGAGAAAGAACCGAGAUUUGAGCUCUUCCAACCCUCUGCUCUGUCUGCUGGCACCUGUUGGGUCUGAGUGGCAGGCUUGAAGAAUGGAUGGCUGCCUGUCGACCCCAUGAGUGAGGACCAGGACCUGGAGAGAGUACACAGUCCUUACUCCUUAUCCCAACUCUCACCUCUGGCCACCCAAAUUGUUCCAAAUUUGAGGUAUCUCCCAGAAUCUGGGCGUGCUUCUUUGGAGGGGCUUGCUUUUUUCUGAGUGACUUCAGAAAUGAAUCACAUAGGGCAUAACGUAGGGCAGGCCCCUUGUUCACCAAGUGCUGGUGUCAUCGUGCAGACAGGACUUGGCCAGACUCAGCGAGGCGCUGGCUUAGCCUGGAGCCCUCAUAUUAGAUUCCUCAGCUCGGCUCCGACCAGAGAUGGAGGGCCUAGAAGGUGUGGGUCUUGGUCUUGGUCCCAACACUGACUAAUCAUUCAGAUGUCACCCUGGCGUUUCUCAAUUGCAAUUGAAAGUAUGUGGCACUCUGCUUUUCCAUCCUGUAUUCUACCACAUUUAUCUCCAGCCACUUGCCAAACUUAGAAAUCUGGAGCGGGGUUGGGUCAGGCAGUGGAGUGGGCAGGUGGGAAACAGGCUCUAUGCUGGUGUGCAGCCCUAGGGGGGUCCAUGCCCAACCCACCUCCGAAAGUGGGGCCACAGCGGAGGAAACAGCCAGGCCAACAUCAGAUUCUAGGUGAGCCUCUGAGAGCACAGCCUCCUGUGGGCAUUCCAGGCUGGCUGCAGGAUUUGUCCUUUACCUGUCCAUGUUUCUCCUAGAAAACUCAUUGCUGAAAUUAGGCAUUACAUAGUUCCAGGGCCCCGCCUUCAAAAUUUCUGGCAGGCCAGCUUCAACAUUCCAUAGCCAACCUUGCCUGAGCCAGACUUGGGUCCCACUCCCUCAGUUUCUUCAGUGGGUGUUUUCUAUCUUGCAUGCUGUUGAGUCCAGUCCAGUGGCCAAGUGAGAAAGAACCCAGGAGUUAGGACUGCCGGCCACAGCCUGAAAGGAAACGAGCUCCUGCUUUCCUGUGGCUGCUUCCGUGGUCCCUGGGCUCCUUGCCGUGGCGGUUUGAGGCCCUCUACCCAUUCCAGCUCCUGGUAGAGGGAUAUUUUCCUUCUUGAAGAGAACAGAGGUAACAGCUUUGCAGAUAAGUACCAGCCGAUAGAAGUCAAAUGGGUGAAAUCGUCUUUGAGCUUAAGACCAGCAUCUCGAGGCUGCAGCCUUCCUCCUCAAGCCUGAGAAUUGGAAAGAGGGAGACUGCCCAGAGACCACCUUCUUGGGUCAGCCAGAUUGUCUGGAUCUGCGGUGGGACUCACGCUUCUCCUUACGGGGGAGGCAAGCCCAGGCCUCUAGCAACGUGGAGUUGUUUGUAACCUUCAAAGGCCCGCGGGCCUGUCCCCCUCUCCUGACUAAAAGGCAUCUGCAUCCCUGUUUCAUAUCACAUGACAGAAACCUGUUCUCAUGGCAUGUAACAUCCCUGUGAGAGUGUUGUAUAUGAUUUUGUAUUUUUUAAUUCAUUUUAAUCUACAGGUUGGAAUCUAAUUUUUAAAUUUUAUUGGAACUCACAUUUUAAAAGGAAAAACAUUUAAAAUAAUAAUAAUAAACCUUUGACAGUGUCUUCCAAGUAGUUUGAUCAAAGAACUUAUAGGUGUUUUGAAAACACAGCCUGGAGUGUAAAGAUUGGAAAGCCCCAUGGCCUCGCUUGUGUGUAUGAAGUGUAAAGCUGGAUUUGUUUUGUUGUUUUG